UGAGUCAUCAAACUACGGAUUAGGUUAUACGUUUUGCUCCUGCAGAUACAUAGGAGAAUUGCCUUCUGUUUCUCUUCCGCCAUUAUUUUUUUAGCUACAAAAUUGAAAUGUAAUCAUCCAAUGUAUUGACUCCAGUCCUCAACGGAUGAGUUGUACAGGUCAAUUCUAUCAAAGAGAGGCAUCGCUAUUUGGAUUUAUAGAAGCAUCACUGAAUUUUGAGUGGACGGUGAGAAUCCUGCUUCAAGCAUUUGGAGUGAAGAUUUAGUGUGAGAGGCAGCUGUCAUCUUCUGAAAAAUUGCAAAAGCGAAAAUGUGGCGUUCAAUUACAAACCAUUUGCUGAAUAACAGAACAUACCGAAAUGGAAUGCAAACAGUACUGGUUGGACAGAACACUCUGUGUCAUCCCAAACAAGUUGUUUCAUUUCAAGGUUACAGACAACACACACCUGCAGCUUUUAACAUAAGUGUGCCAAUUCGAGCUAUUCAAAAAGUAGAGGCCUUUGAUAAACAACGAUGCAUCACUGUUCACUGGGAGGAUGGAAGCCAUAGCCAAUAUCCUUAUGUAUGGUUAAGGGAUAACUGCCAGUGUCCCCAGUGCUUCUUGUCUUCAGCUAAAGCAAGAAGGCUUCCCAUUGAAGAUUUGGAUGUGAACAUUUCUGCGGAGAAAGUCACUUUGACUGAUUCAAAGAUUUCUGUUGUAUGGCCUGACCAGCAUGUCAGUGAAUUUGAUUCUAGUUGGUUGAAAACAAGAAGUUUUGCCCAAUCAGCAAGAAAAGAGAAACAAGAACAGCUUUUCUUAACAGAACAACAGAAUUGGGGUUCAGACUUUCAAAUUCCUACUGUCAACUUUGAGGACGUGCUGGACAAUGAUGAAGUUGCCUAUCAAUGGCUGAGAAGUCUCCGUAAAAUAGGAUUUGUGCGACUAAAGCAUGCUCCCACAGAAAAAGGACAAGUGGCUAAACUGGGAAAGAGGAUUGGCUACCUGAGGAUGACAUUUUAUGGGCUUACCUGGCAAGUGGAAGAUAAGAUUGAUGCUAACAAUGUAGCAUACACAAGUGGGAAACUGAGCCUGCAUACUGACUACCCAGCACUGCACCAUCCCCCUGGGGUUCAGCUUAUUCACUGCAUAAGACCGGCAGAAGUUGGAGGUGAAACGGUGAUAGUGGAUGGAUUCCAUGUUGCCAAUCAACUCAGACAACUGAAUCCUGAAGCUUUCCAGCUCCUCACCUCAAUUUUAGUUGAUUUCACAGACACCGGAGCUGACUACUGUGAUUUCUGUCUUCAAUCCAAGCACAAAAUUAUUGAUUUGGAUCAUAAUGGAAAGGUUGUUCAAAUUAACUUUAAUAAUGCUACCCGGGACUCAAUCUUAGACAUCCCUGUGGAACUGGUGCACCCAUUCCUUUCUGCUCUCAAGUACUACGUGGAUCUUAUGUACAAGCCGGAAAACUUAGUUACCUUCAAGAUGGAAGCAGGUGAUGUACUAACGUUCAAUAACUGGAGGGUAUUACAUGGCCGUCAGGACUAUAUUUCUGCUGCUGGUUCUGCUCGUCACCUGGAAGGGGCAUAUGCAAGCUGGGACGAGGCUAUGUCACGGCUCCGUUGUCUAGAGCAAGCAUUGUAUGGCAACAAGCAGUUUUAAUAGAACUGCCUAUUGAUCUGUAAUAGAAAGGUGAUUUUCAGCAUUAAACAGUAAUUCUUAAAGUUUUGACAGUGCAUGCCCCAGAUAUGAUCAUAUGGGAGAAACAUGAUAAAUGGGUUGGUUAAUAGUUAUUUGCAUCCUGCUCAAAGAAAUUCACUUAAAUUAAGCAUUUUUUGAUUGGGAGGGAUGCAUGGCUGAGCGAUGUUCCCUCUAAGAUGCGCACUGUGCAACUGUGGAACAUCAGGUGUUGUGCAUUUAAUUUUUUUUUGAUUUUAUAAAAAGAUUUAUUUUCACAUGCAGUGUAUCUUUUUGACAUUGGAUAUAACUGAUCCAGAAUACAAUUACAGCUGUGCAUAUCCUGAUCCAGAGCAAAGAACAGGUAGACUCCCUCACGAUAGGAAAUUAACAGACAAGAGCUAAGCCUGACGAUUAACCGGGUAGAAUUAACAGCCGAAAAUCACCCGUCAGUUCUUGGAAGCCAAAGCUAUGUCAUGACUUGUCUUUUCUGUAGCCUGUGCAUUAACUCUUCUACCCGCCACGUCCCUCCUGCCUGACCCGCACACUCGCAGCCUCCCUCCCUCUCCAGAGCCCUUACUCAGAGCGAGGAUUGGGGAGAGGGAACCAGCGGGUGGGAGGGAGACGGCAAUUCGAGAGAUGGCGAGUCAGGAGAGGCAGUGAGCUGGAGGUAAGUUGAAAGGGUUAGUAGGUUAUUAAGAGGAAUUUUGGGCCUGUUAACACCACUGAUCUACUCAUACUGCUGCAGUUGGCUUUGCAGAAUUAGUAAAUGAAGAUUGAUCCCAAAGAUAUUCACCACACCAAAACAACAAGGGCAGUUAUAGGGAGUCCGCAUCUCCAAGUAAUAACACAAAGGUUUUUGUGAAGUUAUUUCAUGGGACAUUUUAAGCCGUGCAUUUUUCCAAAUACAAAAUUUACUUUUGUAUGCAUUGUGAGACAGUUUACUUUAAAAAUGGUAAGCUAUUUUCCUCACUAUUCAUAGUAGCUUUAAGUAAAGAAAACACCCAAUAGCUGAAAAAGUAAAAGUUGCCUUUUCCACAUUUUCUAUCAUUUGGAAGGAAAGACUUCUUAGCUCGUCCGAUUUUGUCAAAUUGAAACAGCAGAUCCUUGCCUUGCCUUGAGCCUUUGCUACCAAUUCAACUUUUGUUUUAUCAAAUGAUUAAAAUACUGCUACAAAUUUUUUUAAAAAA